GACAGGGGAUACUCCAGACCCUCCCUGCACUGACGGCUGCCCCCUCUCUCCUCUUAGCCCGGCUCCAGUGCCCAGACCCAAGCCCCCCACUGCUCAAUGGACACCCCCAGCCCAGACCCGUUGCCUUCGCCUUUGCCCGGGGAGGAAGAGAAGCCUUUGGCCUUAUCUCCUCCUGUUCCCCGGGGCCGCCGAGGCCGGCGCCCUGGGGGGGCCACCUCCUCGAAUCGGACGCUCAAGGCUGCCCUCCCUCGCAAGCGGGGCCGCCCCCCCAAGUCAGGGCAGGAGCCCCCGCUGGCACAGGGAGUGCCAGCCCCUGUGGGCAGCGGCGGUGGCAGCGACCUCCUGUUGAUCGAUGAUCAGGGUGUGCCCUAUACAGUCUCUGAGGGGUCAGCGGCUGGUUUGCCAGAGGGCUCCGGCCCCAAGAAGGCCCCGCACUUCUGCCCGGUGUGCCUGAGGGCCUUCCCCUACCUCUCCGACCUGGAACGUCACAGCAUCUCGCACUCAGAGCUGAAGCCGCACGAGUGCAAGGAUUGCGGCAAGACCUUCAAGCGGUCCAGCCACCUGCGGCGGCACUGCAACAUCCAUGCCGGCCUGCGGCCCUUCCGCUGCCCGCUCUGCCCUCGUCGCUUCCGAGAGGCGGGUGAGCUGGCCCAUCACCACCGUGUCCACUCGGGGGAGCGCCCCUACCAGUGCCCUGUCUGCCGGCUGCGCUUCACGGAGGCCAACACGCUCCGGCGCCAUGCCAAACGCAAGCACCCUGAGGCCAUGGGGGCACCUCUGUGUUCCCCGGACCCAGGGCCCGAACCACCGUGGGACGACGAGGGCAUUCCGGCUACGGCAGGGGCCGAGGAGGGAGUGGAGGAGCCGGAGGGCAAAGAGCUGGCUUGACCCACACCCUGGGCCACCUGUCCCCGGGUCAGGUUUAGAGCUGGGAGUUCAGCUGGUGCUGAGCCUGGGCAGGAAAGCUGGGACACCCUCAUACCUGGUGGUCUUCCCGUUGUGGGAGGGGGUUCAGGGUGAGGACCUAAACUCCGGGGUCCUGCUGCCUUCCGCCACCCUCCCCCGGACUGACAGGACCCUGGAGGCAGGGGCCUUGGAAAUAAAUAUCUGCCUACUGGC